ACUCUGGUCAGUCUGUGCGGGGAAUGUGGCGCGGGAGACCCAGGCAACGCUCUGUACAUACACAAACUUCAGCCUGAAAUCAAUCAAUAAUCAGUUUAUGUUUUCUUCCUUUUGUUAAGGUUGGGGGGAUUUUAUAAUUCACGACAAUACAACUCUUGGACGUCCCGCUGAUCGAGGAGAAUAUGCCUCGUAGACGACAGAGACACAUGCCAGGGAGUGGGUCAGAUGGAACUGAAGACUCUGACUCCUCUGCUGAAAGAGAACAAACCAACAGUUCAGAAAGUGACGGACACAUGCCCAAGAGACAGCGCCUCACCAGAGCCUCUACUCGCCUUAGCCAAAGCUCUCAGGAUACUCCAGACUUGAAACGAGCGGUGGACCACGAUGAAUCUCCACCAUUGACGCCCACAGGAAACGCUCCCUCCUCUGAAUCUGAGCUGGACAUCUCCAGCCCAAACGCUUCCCAUGAUGAGAGCCAGGCCAAAGAUCAAACCAGCAGAGACUCUGAUAAGGACCUCUCCCAUCGGCCCAAACGACGCCGUUGUCACGAGACUUACAACUUCAACAUGAAAUGCCCCACGCCGGGGUGCAAUUCUCUCGGUCACCUCACGGGAAAACAUGAACGUCAUUUUGCUGUAUCAGGCUGCCCUCUUUACCACAAUCUGUCUGCUGAUGAGUGCAAAGUUAAAGCCAUAAGCCGAGAGAAACAAGAAGAGGAUGUGAAGACUCAAGAAGAGAGCAACUCGCGAACCCAUGCAACUCGGAACCAGACGCCAACAUCAAAACAGAGCAGGUACAAGGAGCAGGUGGCUGAGCUGAGGAAAGGAAGAAACUCUGGCCUUCAGAAGGAGCAGAAAGAAAAACACAUGGAGCAUCGUCAGACGCACGGCAACACCAGAGAGCCUCUGCUGGAGAACAUCACAAGUGAAUAUGACCUGGAGCUCUUCAGGAAAGCCCAGGCCCGAGCAUCUGAAGAUCUGGAGAAGCUGCGUAUCCAGGGUCAGAUCACCGAGGGCAGCAACAUGAUCAAGACCAUUCUGUUUGGCCGGUACGAGCUGGACACCUGGUACCACUCGCCAUAUCCGGAGGAGUAUGCACGCUUAGGUCGCCUUUAUGUUUGCGAGUUCUGCCUCAAGUACAUGAAGAGCCAGACGAUUCUCAGGAGACACAUGGCCAAGUGUGUGUGGAAGCAUCCUCCAGGAGACGAGGUGUACAGAAAAGGAGCCAUAUCUGUGUUUGAAGUUGAUGGGAAAAAGAAUAAGAUCUACUGCCAGAACCUGUGUUUACUCGCCAAGCUCUUCCUGGACCACAAAACACUCUAUUAUGACGUGGAGCCUUUUCUCUUUUACGUCAUGACAGAGGCCGACAACACCGGCUGUCAUUUAGUGGGAUACUUCUCCAAGGAGAAGAACUCCUUCCUCAACUACAAUGUGUCCUGUAUCCUGACCAUGCCGCAGUACAUGAGGCAGGGCUUUGGGAAGAUGCUUAUUGACUUCAGUUACUUGCUUUCCAAAGUGGAGGAGAAGGUGGGCUCCCCAGAGAGGCCUCUGUCUGACCUGGGCCUCAUCAGCUACCGUAGUUACUGGAAGGAGGUGUUACUCAGAUACAUGUACAACUUCCAAGGAAAAGAAAUCUCCAUCAAAGAGAUCAGUCAGGAGACUGCUGUCAAUCCGGUGGACAUUGUGAGCACCCUGCAGUCGCUGCAGAUGCUGAAGUAUUGGAAGGGGAAACACCUGGUGUUGAAGCGACAGGACCUGAUCGACGAGUGGAAAGCAAAGGAGAUCAAGAGAGGCAAUAGCAACAAAACCAUCGACCCAAGCUCACUGAAGUGGACCCCUCCUAAAGGGACAUGAGCACCAAGAACCUCAGGCUACUGAACCAACUCACCUCUAGCCUCACCAGCCACAAGUAGCCUCGACUCACAAAACUCAAUAAAGACGAGUGCUCUUCUUUCUUUCAUGUUUUUCCUUUUCUUCUUUGUUUCACAGAACAGUUUUUUACUUUUUUAUUCUACCUUUGUUUGUAUUUUAGACUCCAUAUGUUACAAAUCUGAUGAUUUUUGGUUUUCUACACCAGAGAGACUUCUUUGUCCUGUUUGUUUUUAAACCUGCUUCUACUCAGCUUUGAAUGUUCAAUGAUAAACGGUCCAGUGUGGUGGAUAACAUGAAUGUUUUGCUUUUUUCAUGCAAAAAAAAUAUACCUACAUUUGGCAGCAUUACAGGCUGUUUUUUGUAUUAAUACAAUAACUGUUAGCAUGAAGUGAAACUGUAAGCUGAGUGUUAUCUGAGAAAUGAUGUAUGGUGACGUCUUUGGUUGGUGUUAAAUUGUAUAGAAGAAAACAAUAAUGUACUUUUUUUCCCCAGCUCCAUCAAUACAGGAAUCGGACCCACUCCUCUGAUGAACCUGCCAAACAAUGGUGCAUUAUUCAGAUAUUUUUCAUUUUCUGGGAAUAAUUGAGAAAAAAAAGACUAUACCACUGUAGGAAUGCACAUAGAAAUAAAACAACCUCAGGUUUUUCUACGGAUACAAUCUUACCUUGCUCGUGUGGUUUCUCCAAAACUUCAGGCGCGGUGGUUGUUGCAGACGCAAACACUCUGGUUAAAAGUUCUGCCAAUACAGAAAACAAUCUGAGCUCAACAUUUGACUGAAUUUACUUUUUACUUUAAUCAUAGAUGUUUAAUGUGUAUUAGCAAUUUGAUAUUUUUAAUAUCAAUAAAGCUGCCUUGAUAUUUUGAAA